AUGAAUAGUUAAAGCAAUGAGUAUUUGAUUAAGUUAUUAAUAAUUAUAAUGAAUCGAUAAUUCUAGCAGAACUGUCCAUUUAGAAAGCAGUACGCUGGAUAAUUUGAUUUCUUAACAAAGUCUGAUAAUACUUUAGAUAUAGGGAAAGUAAAAGUAAUUUAACAAUCACCUUCAUUUGCAGAAUAUGUCAAUGGUUUGAAGGAAGGAAGUAUAAAAAAGAAUAAACGUCAUCACACUGAAACUUUAUAGAGAUGUCCAAUUCUUCCUAAGAUUGAUGCUGUAAUUCCAGAUCUUUAGACAAUGAAAUCACAUUUCGUUUUAAGCCUCAAUAAAAGCACAACUACUUCAUAACAUUCAUAUAGCUAUAUAUAACAUUCUCAUCCAAAUACUCCAAGAUCAAGAAUUGGAAUUCCUACAUCAAUAACUCGAAGAUCUUUACCACCAUAAAAAUAAGGAAAACUAUCUCCAAUAACAUCUAAGAGUUCUUUUUGCAUUAAAUCUAAUAGUGAAGAAGAUGAUGGAAUAUUUCUAACUAAAAUUGGUGGUGAACAAGUCAUUCAAGAAAUAUCUAAAUUAUUUCAUUAACAUUCUCAAAUUCAUCCUGUAAUUUAAAGUAAAUAAUUACUAUAUAUAUCUAACAGAAAUUGAUGAUCCAUCAAUGUAUGAAGCCAAAUUUGCAACAUUUCUGGAGUACAUCAUGGGCAAACCAGUAUUUUUUAACAUUGAAGCUCUUAAAUAAAAACAUAUCCCCUUAAAAAUAGAUCAUGAAUUAUAUAAUUAAUUUAAGAGCUACUUACUUGUAAAUAAUCUAUUAUAAUAAGAAAGAGUAGCUUUAUUCAAAGUAAUAAAGGACCUCCUGAAUUAAUAUUUGAAUUCAGUGCACUUAUUGAACAAUACAAAUACUGUAUUAUAACUUCAGAAUAAACAUUUGCCUAAAUUUAUAAUCAAAGGACUGAGAAUAACAAAGAUGAAACACCUUAAAGCAUUGUUCAUUUAGCUGAUCUAACAUAUUAAAAAAUUUUAGAAGAUUAAACUCUUUGUGAAUACUUUGUUGGUAUCUAAAUGGAUGAACAAGCAAAAAAAUUAGGAACUAUUUUACAUUAAAUGAUGGGUUGGAAUUGCAGUGUUGAUCAUGUUUUAAAUUAUUUAAGAAAAUCUCAUUAAAGUAUGAAUCUUACUAAUGUACAUUUCACUUUAUUCAAAUAACAUUUAGUUGAAGCUAUGAAAGAACUAGGAUUAAAAGAAAGUUAAAUUGAAUUAAUUACCAGAAGAAUGGAUGGUUAUCGUAGUUGCAUUGUUAAUUAAGAUUGUUUAUUAGAUUUCUAUUUUUAAUCACCUACUCUUUUUAAAGUGUAAGUGAAAAAAUAUGAAGUUUUAUUAUAAAGAGAUCCUAGAUUUAGAAAUUUUCCAAAUGUGUCUCCUCUAUUAAGACAUGCACAUUUUUUAUUAAAAUUUAUAACUCAUUAACAUUAACCACUCUUAACAAAAACAGAUAUCUAAACAUUACAUAAGAGUUGUGUUAUUCAAAGUGAGUGGUUAGAUGGUUUCAGAGAUAACUUUUUUUUAUUAAUUAAAAAUUAUAAUUUAGAUAGAUUGAUACUAUAGGAUUAUGCUGAUUUAUGGUUUUAAUUGAGAUUUAUUGUUACAAAUUAACGUAGUAUUGAAAGUAUUGUUGGACCAUAUGGAUUAGAUUAAGUGUAAUACAAAGUUUAAAUUAAUCUAUAAGAUAAUGAAAUUUAUAGUGAUCAUUUUAGAAAUGCUGAAUACUAACUCAAAUCUCAUGUUAGAAAAAUCAUUGGAUUUAUUUUUAGGAAUUCUUCAAUUUAUAAAGCAAAUGAUUUAAGAGUUAUUCAUUAUCCAUUAAAAAUUGGAGAAUAAACUUUUAAUUUGUUUGUAUAAUUAAUCAAAUAAGUUAUGCAAGAAGAAAAAUUGGGUGCUAAUUUAAUACUUCUUGCAGAUUAGAUUUGUUAGUAUUAUAGAAGUAGCAUUUGCAAUUUGUGA